AGCGUUCAUUACCGCUCCGGCCUCGCACACGCACGCCGCCCGCUGCCCGUUGCGCCUGUCCACUGCGCCUCUCCGCGGACGACACUCACUGCCUUACAGAUCGACCACUCCAAACAAAUACGAUAUGGAGAAUAUCAUGAAGACGUACGUGUGGCUGUCAGCCGCCGCGCUCCUAGUGGCCUGCGCCAGCGCCGGCGUGGGAAGCAAGAGACCGUUCACACCGACCGACUCCAUACUGGAUAUCAUCGAUACCGAACAAGUCGAGAAAAUAUUAGCCGCGCGGCGACGCACCGAGGAGGCCACCGCCGCGUCCGCCUACGUGCAGCACAACGAGCUCGGCGAGGGCAGUGCCGAGGCCGUGCUCGUCGCCACACCUGACGACGACAGCACGGAUGUGCCGCCGGGCGUCGACUUUCGAAAAAUACUUAAGUCAUCGAAAAACGCUCUGUUUGUCACGAAGAAGGAGUACCUCAAGGAGGACUGGUGUAAAACGGAACCGCUGGUGCAGAAGAUUCGCGAACCUGGAUGUUUGCCGGCGACAGUGAUCAACAAAUUUUGUUACGGCCAGUGCAAUUCAUUCUAUAUACCGAAGGGCCCACGGCGGAGGGACGGCAACGAGGAGCGACCUCCGCCGGCCUUCAAGUCCUGCUCCUUCUGCAAGCCAAAGAAGUUCACCUGGAUCACGGUGACGUUGCGUUGUCCCGGCCAGAACCCGCCGUUCAAGCGCAAACGGCUGCAGAAGGUGAAACAGUGCAAGUGUCUGCCAGUGGGGGUGAAUUGAUGUCGGCGGUGCGACGGGCCCUGACACCACGGAGGCGGCUGGACCGUCACAUCGAGCGACGAGGUUCGCCUAGACGUUCCUAGAGAGCACGACCGACGGAGUCGCAAGUGCUAACGAACAACACGAAGAUCGGUUUGCAUUGCAACACCGAUGUUACCUACUAUGCUAAGUGAACGAUUGCGUAUCGCGUAACGAGUGGACAGUAUAGAGAUUCAGAUCGCGCUCGCAUACGUCAAUCGAGAUGACGUCAUGUGAUGCGUGAAUUGCAAUAAAAUAACAUUGAUGUAGAGCGACUCCGACCGGCAGUCGCUGGUGAGCUUUAAUUGCCCUCAGUGAUAUCGAUAUUUUGUUCUCAAUUUUAUGUCGAAAAAAGUCGAGUCGGAGUCAAGUGACCUUGCAAUCGAUUAACAGUUCCGAUUAUUCGGAGCGCACGUAACAGUGGAAAAGUAUGAUCUAAUUGCGUACUAAUGAGAUUCAAGUGUUUGUUUAUUUUGAUACUAUGAUAAAACAAAGCCGCUACAGGACAUGUGUGAUAUUAGAAGAUUUUACUUAGACUAAGACUCAAGGUGAUUUCAGCGCAUUGUGUACAUUUUUAUUUAUUUUAAUUAUUUCGUUAAAUCAGUAGUUUAGAUGAAAUACGCUUAUAGAACACGUAAAUAUUAUCUUAAGUAUAAAAUCUAUUGAUUUCGAUAUAAUAUUAAAUGAUCUUUUCGAUCUUGUGAUCUCUUAACUGCUCUCAAGAAUCUCUACAUAUUUAAUUUUUGUCAGGUUUAUAAAUUUAACUUUUUAAAAUUCUAGCAUAUAUUGUAUCACAUUUAAAGUAACAUGUAAUGUUAAAAUUAGUUUAAAAGUGUUAAUAACAAACCAAGAAAAUAAAAGAAGGAAAAGUAAGGUAAGAGUAAUACAGUUUCUAAAAUAUUAACUUCAAUAAACAAGUUGUUAAACUUUGAAUUGAUUUACAUUAUUUUUUGCUGUUUUAAUACUUUUUGUUGUUUGGAUUUUUCUUUUUAUUUAAUUUCUUGCCAUCGAUUGUUUUACCAUUCUUUUGUUUUGUUCAUAAAACCGUGGGAUUCCACUGCCGAUGCAUCCAUACAAGAACAUAUCGACCGUCUCUACGUCUGCGUAAGAAAAAACCUCUAAAUUAAGAUUAUCAAAUAGAACUCGAGAUAAACAAGUUUUGAUUUUUAAUAAGAUAUCCUGUCAAUGAAUUUCGCAUUUACCUAAGUUUACGUAGGGACCGGUCGAUAUUUUUAUCUGUAUAAUUUAAAGAGAGUAAGAUAGCAGUAUGUUUCCGCAGUGGAAAUAGUAAAAUCUGUUAAAAUAUGAUUUUUCUGACACGAUAAUUAAAUCACAUUUCCGACUGAUUUAAGACGUAUUUUGUGAUGAUUUGUACAAAAUUAAUAUAAUAAACUUUUGGCAU